UCAUCACAACUGCACCCGCCAUCAUGGUCUCCAACUUGCGCCGGUUGGCGACAGACCAUGCUGCCCUCAACCGUGACCUUCCACCGUACUACCUCUUGCUACCACAUGAUGGCCGUUUCGCCAUGGGAGACGACCUUUCUCAACUGAAGGUGCUCAUCACUGGGCCUCCGGGCACCCCGUACGCAGAGGGUCUGUGGCGACUGGACUUGAAGAUGCCGGAGGAUUAUCCCAAGAGCCCACCUAAGGCGACCUUCCGCACGAAGAUCUGGCACCCGAAUGUGGAGGAGAACACAGGCGCAGUUUGUGUGGAUACUCUAAAGAGGGACUGGCAGUCCAAGCUGACCUUGCGCGACGUGCUUGUUACCAUUUCCUGCCUUCUCAUUCACCCAAAUCCAGACUCUGCCCUCAAUGCAAGUGCUGGAACCCUUCUCCGAGAGGAUUACGAGGCAUUUGCCCAUCAAGCCAAACUGAUGACCUCGAUUCAUGCGCCAAUUAAACCUGCGAUGCAAGCUGCUGUGAAGGAAGCCAAGUAUCGAGGCGAGGAUCCCAGUUCCAUCCCGGUGGACCAAGAUGAGGUCCAAAGCCCUCGCCCAAGAAAACAGCCCCGCUUGCGAUCCAACAUCCCCAAGAAGACAGUCCGCAGACUGAAUCCGCCUGAGAAUCACCUGCCACACGCUGUCGUUGAGCCCUCCCUGCCUACUCUUCCAGAGAACGGCGAUCAAGAUGACGCCAUGAACGACAGUGAGAACGAAAGUCUCGCUGCUUCAGGCAAAGAAAAUGACCCCUCACUAUCACCAACUCCCGUCCUCCCGGCACCUCCAAGCCCACGCAAGAACACGCUUGGCAAGCGCCCACUCUCCGUCAUUUCCACCUCGUACCCCGACGACCCGGACGCGGAUAUGAUGAUCAUCGACUCGGACUCUGAGGAGGAGGAGGAGGAGGAGGAGUCUGCUCAGGUAUCUCCUUCAGCCCGAAACAUCGCCGCCAAUUUCAUCCAUUCCCGACACUCUCCCUCGCCGCAGCGCAAUCCCCCCAAGCUGUCUCCGAGUAAGGGAAACAACACUCCCUUCCGCUUGCGCGAUGAUCUCCAAAUCUACGAGGAUGUCCCCGAUCGGACUCGAUACAACGGAAAGGAGAACCAUGACUCUGGCUUGUUGGGCCUGAAGGAAAGACCCGACAUGCAAGCUGCGACACUCGGCAAUAGCACCAACCCUCUGUCUUCGGGACCGAGCCCGACUCUGCCCGCCCCCUCGGUCACUUCAAAGGCCAAACCUCCUCACAGGGUCACCAAGAAGGUCGGCGGAAGCGCACGCAAGCCUGCCGGGACCAAGUCAAAGCCCCGGAUUGGUGUACGCAGACUGUAAUUGUCUCUGCGAGUUCUCCGUUUCAUUUGCUUUUGCUUUGUUUUCUGCAUUUGGGUUUUCCAUUUGCUUGAUGCCAUACGAUACCCCCUGGUUUAUGAUUGAUAGAAACGGAGUGUUUGGUGUACAUUAUGGGGGAAUGAAUUUAACUGAUUUUCAAUUUAAGAGAAAUUGACUGCAA